GUCUCUGACACUGGUCUCUGACACUGGUCUCUGAUACUGGUCUCUGAUACUGGUCUCUCAUACUGGACUGUGAUACUGGAUUGUGAUACUCGUCUCUGAUACUGGACUGUGAUACUGGUCUCUCAUACUGGACUGUGAUACUGGACUGUAAUUCUGGUCCCUGAUACUGGACUGUGAUACUGGUCCCUGAUCCUGGUCCCUGAUACUGGACUGUGAUCCUGGUCCCUGAUACUGGACUGUGAUCCUGGUCCCUGAUACUGGACUGUGAUCCUGGUCUCUGACUGGCAGCGACACAGAGCUGCAGAUUAAAGGGAAAGUUGACUAAAAUUGUUUCUGUGUGACUGAAAGAAAAAAAGUGAUUUUCGGUGAAAAACCUGCUGGAGCUAAAAGAGACUCUGAACUGGUUCCUGACUGGUUUUGAUCUGGAUCUUUACUGGUUUUAAGCUGGUUUCUGACUGGUUGAGUCUAACUGGAAAAGAUUUCCACACAAACGAGCGAAACUUUCCACAGUUAAAAGAAACUCUGAGACACGCCCGAAGUCUCUAAACAGUUUAACUGGUUUCUAACUGGUGUCUGACUGGUUUCUAACUGGUGUCUGACUGGUUUCUAACUGGUGUCUGACUGGUUUCUAACUGGUGUCUGACUGGUUUCUAACUGGUGUCUGACUGGUUUAGCAGAUUUUAACACAGAAGAAAAGAAACUUUCAGAAAUUCGAGGAAGGUCAGAGACUGCGGUCUGGGCUUCUUAGCUGACUGGUCUGUAACUGGUCUGUAACUGGUUUCUAAUUGGUCUGUGGACUGAGCGUGAUGGAGAAGCAGGCUCUGCCAGCCUCCUCCUGCUCUCUGGUUCUCCUGGAGGAGACCAAGAAGAACCCCCUCCUCCUGUCUAACGGCGGCAGCGGCGGCGGCGGCGGCGGCGGCGGUUACCCUCCCGCGGCCUCUAACGGCAGCCUGGUGGCGGGGUCCGGCAGCGUCAGCGGCGUGAUGGGAGGAGCUUGUGGUGGACCAGAGAAGAGAGUGGUGACGGGGGCGGGGCCAGGAUACCCGGAGCGGGAGACUUGGACGCGGCAGAUGGACUUCAUCAUGUCGUGCGUGGGCUUCGCCGUCGGGCUGGGAAACGUGUGGCGGUUCCCGUACCUGUGCUACAAGAACGGAGGCGGCGUCUUCCUGAUCCCGUACCUGCUGUUCAUCUUCGUGGGAGGAAUCCCGAUCUUCUUCCUGGAGAUCGCUCUGGGACAGUUCAUGAAGGCCGGCAGCAUCAACGUGUGGAACAUCGCUCCGCUCUUCAAAGGUCUGGGUUACGCCUCCAUGGUGAUUGUGUUUUUCUGUAACACCUACUACAUCAUGGUGCUGGCCUGGGGCUUCUACUACCUGAUCAAGUCCUUUAACUCCACCCUCCCGUGGUCCACCUGUGACAACGAGUGGAACACGCCCAACUGCAUCGAGAUCUUUCGACACGAGGACUGCAAGAACGGCAGCCUCGCAAACAUCACCAUCAGCGGCAACAUGACCUGCGCCGAGCUGGCAGAUGCACGGUCGCCCAUCAUCGAGUUCUGGGAGAACAAGGUGCUGAACAUCUCUUCUGGUCUGGAGGAAACUGGGCAGUUUAACUGGGAGGUCAUGUUGUGUCUGAUGGCUGUCUGGGUUAUGGUUUACUUCUGCGUCUGGAAGGGAGUCAAAUCCACCGGGAAGAUUGUGUACUUCACGGCCACCUUCCCCUACGUGGUCCUCAUCAUCCUGCUGGUCAGAGGCGUCACACUUCCUGGAGCCUACGACGGCAUCAUGUACUACAUCAAACCUGAUUGGUCCAAACUGGAGGAGGCUCAGGUGAGUUCACACCUUAACAGAAUUUUUCCUCGUUUCUUACUGAUCGACUUCUUCGUUGCAGGUGCUGACCGCUUCAUGGAUGACAUCGCUCGUAUGAUUGGCUACCGGCCUUUCCCCUGGAUGAAGUGGUGCUGGUCCUUCAUCACGCCGUGUGUCUGCAUGGGCAUCUUCCUGUUCCACCUGGUGAACUACAAGCCGCUGAACUACAACAACGUGUACGUGUACCCGUGGUGGGGCGAGGUGAUUGGCUGGUGCCUGGCUCUGUCCUCCAUGCUCUGCAUCCCCGUCAGCCUCCUCUACAAACUGUUCAGAGCCAAGGGGACGUUCAGAGAGCGCUGGGCUCACCUGACGAGCCCGGUGUGGGGGGCCCAUCACCUGGAGUACAUGGCCCCGGACAUCAAGUCCCUGAGUUCGCUGUCCCCUGGCACCGACGACAACAAGGUCAUCAUCUUCGAAAGCGUCAUGUAGGCCGAUCACAGCGCUCCGUCUCCAUCCAUCCCGACGACAGGACGGCCCACACCUUCAGAUUCACCUCCACCUGCACCUCAGAGCGACCCGUCGGCUCCCUCCUGGAUUAUCUGAUCGACCUCGGAUUCAUUGGAUCCUCCAAACGUCUCCAAAGCUACGAGAGUUUUCACAAAAAGAGAAUCAAAGACUGAAGCAGCUCCUCCAGGAGGGUUUUUCUAAUCCCAGCAGAUGAAAUUUGAGAUUAAAACCAGCAAAUCACUGUAAAGGGCUUCGACUCUUCUGGCUCUUAAAAUGUAAAUAUUAUAAAUAUAAUAAAUAUUAUGAAAAAUUAUGAAAUUUUUUCACAAACUCUGGAGGAGCUGAAGAACGUCGGAGGGAUUUUCACUGUGUUCGAAAAACGAAGCGCUGCUGAAAGCCGAGCUUCCUCCCUGCUGCACGAAGAGCGUCUCGUCGUGGUGCGUGGGAAGGACGUGCAGACACACACCUGAGAGACGGCUGUCACACACACACACACACACACACACACACACACACGCACGCUCACACACACACACAUACGGCCUCAUUACUUCAUCAUACCAACAUGUGACAUAAACACAGAGAGCUUGAGUCUAAAGUUUAGAGGAAAAUUGAAACUUUCUGAAUCUUUCGUGUGUGUGUGUGUGUGUGUGUGUGUGUGUGUGUGUAUGAUGGCUGUUUAAUAAGACAGAGUUGUAGACAAACAGACUGACUGAACCCCAGAAAACCCCUGGAGGUCGUUUUGAUCGUAACAGGACUGAGAAUCUUAGAGGUCGUUGUUCUCUUCAGUCGGUGGUGAGAAAAGACGCGCCGUCGCCGCCACUCGUGACGGAGACAAGUUUGUCGAGACACUCGGAGAAGAAAAGGUCUUAAUGUCAGUGUGUCUGUUUUUUUGCAAAUUUUCUGUUUUUCUGCUUUUUUCAUCUUUUUCUCACCACACGACA